AUGUCGAGCUCCCCCUCCACCGGCCUGGCGAACACGCCGCGACUUGUUCGCUCCAGGACCCAGAGUAUCUCGAGUGACAGGCCGUCCACCAUCGGCACGCACGGUCUGAUGACGCCUCCGCUUGCUGUGUCGCCCGAGGCAGCCUUCAUUGCUGCUUCUGCCGCGUCGCAAAUCGUCACGAAUGACCACGAUAUCCAUUCGGCUACGUGGUACGAUCAGUUCGGAAUCGAGCCUUCGGGCGAGACGGCUUUGGUGUCCAACAGUGCCCUCCAGCUUGCAAACAACUUCGUUGAUCAACUAUUGUACAACGUUAUCGCGAAUGCCAGAUCCACGACGCUAUCGGCCUUGCGACCCGCCGUCAGCGAAGUUCUCAAACCGAAACUAGCCAAAGAUGCCAUCAACCAGGCCGACGAAGAACUGAGAGAAUACUUGGGCGGCGGUGAAGUUGAAGACUUGGUCCGGUCGCAGUCCCCCGUGUCGUCAAGAGAUUGGGAUCUUGAGCUGGUAUGGAAGAGAACACGGCUGCGAUGCAUGGUGUACUCCUCAUUGGGAGAUAUGGAGGAAGAGGAUGAGGACUACUACAUGGAACAGGAACAUCUCAAUGGAGAAACCGACGAUAUCCUGGCAGAACUCGUUUCCCCUGCUGUGGCCAUCUUCCUGACCUCCAUUCUUGAAUUCAUGGGCGAACAGGUCCUCAUCGUAGCUGGACAGGCAGCUUUCAACCGACAACGCGCCAAGUACGAGAAGGAUUUGAAGGACAGCGCUCGAUCACCGGGUGGGCUUUCCGAUCGCAUUGUAGUCGAAGAGCUAGACAUGGAACGCGUCGCUCUAGAUCGAACCCUCGGCAGACUUUGGCGAGCCUGGAAGAAGAGGAUACGAUCUCCGCUGGAACCAAACUAUUCCCGUCCCUUUUCUCGCAGCUCGACGAGUGGCUCUGGCUUCCCCCACCAGAGACGUGAGAGUAGUGCCGCAGAUGUGCUGCCAUCAUUACAGACGUCCAAAGACGCAGGCUCGAACAGCGAAGCAAAAGAAGACCGGUUGGAGCAUGCUAGGGAACGACCAGCUCAGGAGACGGAUGGCCAUAAUGUUGAUCCCUCAUCUCUUGAAUUACCGGAUAGCGAUGUGGAGCCUACCUACAGCGAUGAGGAAGAGAGUGAGGACGAAGAAGAGUCGCCUCGACGCCCUAAGAGUUGGAUCGUGUCUCCCCAGAGCUCGGCAGCGGAAAGUUUCUUUCUUUCGCAAGUUCAAACUAGACGCCAUCGCUCACUACCUCCCCAAAAGCGCUCGCGAUACAAUGCGUAUCCAGUCUCGGGCGAUAAGAUUGAUUCUGCAGAGGUCAAGGCCACAGAUCAAAUGUCUGCAGGCCAACAACGAGCAAGUGGCUCCGUCACAAUAGCACAGGGCGCCACCGAAUCAGUUUCCGAUAUCGACAAGGAGAGUGACUCGAGUGCAAGCAAUUACGCUGAGAGCAAGCCCGAGUCUGACCCACCGUCAACCGCAGGAGGUCUCCUUGCCAGAAUCACGACUGGCGCGGUGUCGAUGGGGUCUGCCGCAGUCGCCGGCUUAACCGCAGUGGCUACCGGAAACGCACCCCAGACAGAAGUCGAAGAUGGAGGGAAAGAUGACGUGGUUGAGGAUUUCGAAGAAGAGCCCGAAAUCAUGACCUCUUCGCGUGUGUCUAUUGGGGGAAGAAGCUCACCGGCGGUCUCCGAUGCCGGAAGGCCAUCUUCCUUGAUUCAAACCAGGUCGAACAGCGUGCGCUCCCUCCGGGUCAUUGACGUUCAAGGACCUCGAAGCCCACUUGCGCAAUCACGGUCGGGCUCGGAUGGACAGGAUCCUCUUCUUAGUCCGGUCCCACGCUCGACCAAUGUUUCUCGCGAAAGCAGCAUCUCGGGGACCCCUCCCAUUGCCGAGGAAAAUGAUUCGAAUGCCCCUUUCACCAGGGCCUCAAAGCGAAGUGCCAUCAUCGUGCCAUCACCCACCGACGAUAAUCGAGACGCAACUUUCGCGCUUACCGCACCUCCGCGUAACCGAUCACCUCCUAAGCCCACGCGCUCACCGGUGCAGGCUCAACGACCGGCACCCGCCAAGGUGACGAUCAUCAGCAAUGCUGGGAUGAACCCUCAGGGGGAAAGACCCGACAUUACCCAGAGAUCGCUCAGCAACGUGAAGAGCCCACCAAUGCCUACCCUACCAGAGAGAAAUACCAGUAGGCCUGUCCAUGGGCAUGGGUAUUCGACAUCGGUGCAGCGCGGAUCCUCCGAAUCCCCCGAAGUUCCGCGCGCUGUUCAGGCAGAGUCUCCCUCAUCACUGACAUCGAGCAAGUUCAAGGCGAUGCGUUCGUCGGAGGAUAGCACCACUCACCGCCCUGUGGACAAGGCUCGAAACUUCGAAGACCUGAUCCAAAGCAACGAAACUCUGCAAUACACAUUAACGCCGGAGAACAUGCGAGACAUGGAUUCUGCCGCCUCUCAGCAAAAUGGAAGCCCGAAGCCUCCCCAUAGGACGCAAAAAAGCGAGGAUGUCAGGCAUAUGGACCGCUCGAGGUCUUCUUCCAUUAAGAGGUCCUUGUCCGUGACGAAGACGACAGGGUUGCGAUCCCAUCCCCCCACAGACUUGGGUAACAAUGGCAAAUUUCCCGGUGCUGCUCCGCCAGAGGCACCAGUCUCGAUGCCUUCAAGGGGGCGCACCGGCAGUGCAGCACAAGCUAGGGAUGCUAGGAUCCCGAGGGAAUCGAUGCAAGACUUUGCCCAGUUCAUUCGCUCGACUGGACCACCAGGGGGGGACAGCAGCACCCACGGUAACCGAGCCAAUGCUGGGAGUACAACCGUGGUACGAAACAUCAACGGACCUACCCCAGCGAAGGGCAGCAUGGACAGUCGGCGCACAGAUCUUAGCGCGCGCGCCCGUCUCCAAGCGAGAGAGGCCACAGUCAACCCGUCGAACGAGAGCUCCGAGCUCAUUGACUUCAUUCGCCGCGGGCCUCCCAGUGCGAGUAGCAACAGUCCCCGCAUCCCUCGCCACGUGGCUCCGUUCCGGAACACGAUGGACUCGGAUCACAUGCAAAUGACCGGCGCUGUCGGUGGCAAGGCGGUGGAUGCGGCAAUCCCCAAUCUCCGAAACAGUGAAGCAUCGACGAACGUCACCGAGUCAUCCGCUCCGUCGUCGAUGAACUCCCAAAGCGCUCUCUUGAACAAGGCGAACAAGGCACCGCAAUACUCGGGGGGCAACUUUGACGAUGACGACAUGAUGCCCAAGCGGACCCAGCGACGAGUGAAGGAUCCGUACGCGAUUGAUUUUAGUGACGAGGAGGAAGAUGAGGUCGAGUUCACGCCAAAGCCAAAGCCAAAGCCGAAGAAAGAGGAGAGUUUGAUCGAUUUCUUGAACAACUAUGCGCCCCCUCCAGAGCCAUCGCCGCAGCCUAUCGUCAUGCCCAAGAAGAAAUCCAGCGCGCCCAACUUGAUAGCGCGGCUGAGGGCGGCGGGCAACUCAAGCUCGGCAAGCAAUUCCAGCACAUCAGGCCGCAGGACAUCCACUGCCGCCGAGAACAGUGUGGUUAACAGCCAGCCACGCAGUCGCCCGACCCUCGCUAAGGCUUACACUCCCAUCGUCAUUCCACCUGGAGCGGAGAAGCUCGGCACCGAUUUCCGCUCGGCAGCGGCACCUCGUGUCGCCUCGGCCGGCCGCGUCCCAAUGAAGAAAUUUGAGCCUCGAGAAGCUGUCUCUUCCACCUCACGAACAAAUGACCUGGCCCAAUUUCUGCGAGACUCGGAGCCGCCGCCCACCACCAUGGCAAACCCACCCCCGCCGCCCGAGGACAAAAGCAGCAGCGGAUUCUCACGCAUGUUUGAGCGCCGCAAGAAGUCAAGCGCCUACUGA